AUGGCAGCUAAGAGGGCAAAGUCUGGAGUGCCCCAGAGCACGCAGCGGGGUGAACUGAAGGUUUACCGGGCGGGUAGCUCGGAGGGCAGGCUACCAGUGCCCUCCAAUCUCCGCAAGCAGAGGUCUAUGACAAACCUGGCUGUACUCACUGAUGCUGAGAAGAAGUUGCAUCUUUAUGAGCCAAAGUGGUGUGAUGACAUGGCCAAGCCCGGGGCAGGGCAGACCAAGAUGGGCAAGCCAAAGACGGCAGGAGGCGGCACCGGUGCCGGAGGAGGUGCCCCUCUCUCUCGAAACCUGUCCAAAUCUGAGCAUUCGCUGUUCCAGGGCAAACCCAAGCCCUUCAGCCCUCUGGCUGCUCCUUCUGCCCUGAGCAAGCAGAGCCGUAUACCCCGUGGUCCUUACGCUGAGGUGAAGCCCCUGAGCAAAGCACCUGAGGAUGGAAAGUCCGAUGACGAGAUCCUCUCCAGCAAAGCAAAGGCCAACGCUAAGAAACAGGGAGCUGGGGCUGGAGGGGAGUCCGGUUCCAAGGGCCAGGUGGAGGAAGGGGGAGACAAGCCCUUCCUGAAGGUGGAUCCGGAGCUGGUGGUGACAGUGCUGGGCGACCUGGAGCAGCUACUCUUCAGUCAGAUGUUAGACCCCGAGUCUCAGAGGAAACGGACUGUGCAGAAUGUCCUUGACCUCCGCCAGAAUUUGGAGGACACCAUGUCAAGUCUGCGGGGCUCCCAGCUCAGCCAUAGCUGUCUGGAAAGCAGUAAUGUGGGCUAUGACAGUGAUGAGACCAACGCUCGCAGCAUUUCUAGCCUCUCCAACCGCUCUUCACCUCUGUCCUGGCGCCACGGCCAGUCCAGCCCCCGUCUUCAGGCAGGUGACGCCCCAUCUGCAACAGGCGGAGGAUACCAGGGGAGUAAGACUGGCUCCCAGUAUACCGCCCAUACGAUGCCAGCUCGCUGCUCCAGCCGCAUCAGCAGCACGUCUCGCAUUGAGCUCAUCGAAGGGUUGGAUGUGGAUGACACCGAUCUCAAGUCUGGUUACCUGAGUGACAGUGACCUUCUAGGAAAGAGCCUGCCGGAUGACGAUGACGACAACCUGGCUAACGGUUGGGAUGAGAGCAGCUCCAUUAGCAGUGGGCUCAGCGACGGUGACGGCGAUGGCUCGGAUAACCUCAGCUCAGAGGAGUUCAACGUCAGCUCCUCUCUGAACUCCCUCCCGAGCACACCCCUGGGAUCCAGACGCAACUCUUCGGUAAUGCUCCGCACUGAUGCAGAGAAGCGCUCCCUGGUGGAAAGCGGACUGUCUUGGUAUAGCGAGGAUGGCAAAGCCAGCCACAAGCUCGACAGCAGCAGCUAUGACACAGGGAGUCUCAAGACAGAGGCCCCAAGCAAGUGGAGAAAGAAGCCUCCGAGCCUCAGUGAAGAUCCAGCGGGUAAAGGUGAACUAAGGAAGCCACAAAGUUUGGGUCAACCAGGGAGUUUCAAGAAGGGCCGUAAUCCUCCUGUCGGUGUGACCUCUCCCAUCACCCAUACCUCCCAGAGCGUGCUCAAAGUUGCAGCACCUAAAAGCGAGAGGCCAUUGGACAAAUCCAAGAUUUCCAUUAAAACUGCUGGUCUACAACGGUCUCGUUCUGACGCCGGCAGGGAUCAUCAUGGAGAACACCGCAAGCCCCCAUCAGGUUUAGUUAAACCCACUGCUGGAGCCUCCUUUGGGUACAAGAAACCACCAACAGCCACUGGUACCGCCACCGUUAUGACAGCAGGGGGCGCCACCAUCUCCAGUGGCUCUGCUACUGUGGGGAAAACCCCCAAGUCAUCUGGCAUCCCAGUGAAGCCUGUGGGAGGAGGAACACCCUCGGGUCGAAAGAACAGUUUUGAUGCCAGCAGUGAGCAGAGCUUCCUGGGGCCAAAUGCCCGAAACAGCAUUCAGUACCGCAGCCUGCCUCGACCCGCCAAAUCAAGCACGCUCAGUGUGAUUGGUCGCCCUGCAACUCGGCCUGUCAGCGGUACCAUUGACCCCGGUCUGUUGAGUUUGAAACCUGUGCCCAUGGCCUCCGCAGGCCCCAGGGUUAAAGAGCCUAGUAGCUGCGGCAGUAAAAUGGCUUCUCGAACCAGCACAGGCCCAGUUAAUCAGACAGACAGGGAGAAGGAGAAGGAGAGAGCCAAGGCCAAGGCUGUGGGUGCUGACAUAGACUGUGGCUCUUUGAAAGGAGACGAGACUCAAUCUGAGUCAACAGGAGAGUCUGUUGUGAAACUUCACGGCCUGAGACGGACCAGCAGCAGCAAAUACCCUGAACUGUCAUCACCCACCACACCAAGGAUGCUGAACACUAAGUCUCUGGGUCGUCCACCCAGCCUGGCUCACCUGGACAAGGUCAACUCGAACAGCCUUGACUCCUGUGUGACCAUCCAGGACCUCCCGCCCAAAGUCCCCCCAUACUCCAAGCUUCAGGACUUGGCCGGUUCUCACACAGCUACACGCCUCACCCCCAGCCCAGCGCCCGUCCUCCACAUCGAUUCCCCCAGCUCCUACACCAGUGAAAGCUUGAGCCUGAGCAGCUCACCACUGCUCUAUCCCAAACUGUCCGGCAUGCACCGCAGCAUGGAGUCCCUGCCCCUCCAGAUGAGCAUACCCUCCAGUGCGAGGUUUGUCACAACUGAGACGCAUGACAAAGAGGAGAGGGGUACGGGAACCUGGGGGGCCGGUAGCAGAACAUCCCUCAACCUUGCAGAUAGCUUGCAAACAGACAGAAAUACCUUGCCGAAGAAAGGCUUAGAACGCUAUGGCUCAAGCCUGUCAGAGAGUGAAGGAAGCAAACCGGGAAGACGCCACUCCCACACCAUAGUCAGCAUGACAGAGAGCGACAGCCCCCCUCAGCUGCCUUCUCCCACCCGCCUGCUUCACCCCUCCUCUGGCAAGGCUCCUCUCACCAACGUGGUUGCCCCAAUUUCCAGUGGCACUCCGAGGAUAUCACGCUCUAACAGCAUAGGUCCCCCUAGUGACUCAGCCUGCGAUCUCUAUGGAUCCUCCCCCCUGGGCAGCAGUAUGUCCCUGGCUGAUCGGCCAAAAAGCAUGAUGCGGUCUGGGUCUUUCCGUGAACCCGGGGACGAUGUGCAUGGCUCUGUACUGUCUUUGGCGUCCAACGCUUCAUCCAACUAUUCCUCGAAUGAGGAGAGGAUACAAGGAGAGCAAAUCCGCAAGUUGAGGCGUGAACUGGAAAACUCCCAGGAAAAGGUUGCCAACUUGACUAUGCAACUUUCUGCUAAUGCUAAUCUGGUAGCAGCAUUUGAGCAGAGCCUGGCACUGAUGACUGCACGCCUGCAGACCCUGUCCGUCUCCUCGGACCAAAAGGACUCUGAGCUCACUGAGCUGAAGGAGACCAUCGAGGUUCUGAAAUCCAAAAACACAGAGGCCCAAGAAAUCAUUCAGGGGGCUCUCAGUAAUCCAGACAUCACACCCAAAGAGCUGCUGAUCAACCGGCAGAACUCCUCAGAAAGCAUCUCCAGCCUCACCAGCACUACCAGCCACUCAAGCAUGGGUAGUCUUAAAGAGCAAGAGGCCAAGAAGAAGAAGAAAAAGAGCUGGGUCUUUGAGUUACGCAGCUCCUUCAACAAGGCUUUUAGUAAGAAGGGCUCCAAGUCAGGCCCAUACGCUGACAUCGAGGAGAUUUCCACCCCAGAAUCCUCUGCACCUUCCUCCCCCAAGGUCCACCAUGACGGUGAUAAUCCUCCAUCAACGAUGAAAUCCUCAACCUCUGCAUCAUCAUCCGGACUCUGUGAAGGAGGUGAUGGGGGGGAUGAGAAGGUUGUAACAGAGCUGCGCUCAGAGCUGUGGGAGAAGGAAAGAAAACUGACAGACAUCCGCCUGGAAGCUCUAAGCUCCGCCCAUCAGCUGGAGCAGCUGCAGGAGGCCAUGAACAGCAUGCAGAGGACAGUGGAAAACCUGAAGGCUGAGAACGACCAGCUGAAGACAGGUGGUCUGUCCCCCUGUCCAUCUCCUGGGCCCUCCAGCUCUGCCUCCCAGUCCUCAGGUCUCACGGCUCUGGGAAGUUCAUCACCUCGACAGUCAGUAGCCAUGCAAAUGCCCAAGAGCUACAGCAGAGGGAUGAGUGAGGGGGGCACCUCAGAUGUCCACUCUGCAGAUUCUCUCAGCCUUUCCUCACAGAGAGAUGAUCACCGUGUCAGGGUGGUGAUUUGUGUCGCAGAUUUACACGUCUUCAAAGAUGAGGUUAAACAGCAGGAUUUCUUUGUGGGCACUGUCAGGGUGAAUGGCAGGAUGGACUGGACUAUGCUGGACUCAGCGGUCAGCCAGGCUUUCAAGGUGUACAUAGCCAAAGUGGAUCCCACCUCCAGUCUGGGCCUGUCUACAGACUCCAUCUACAGUUACAGUAUGGGCCACAUAAAGAGAGUGCUGGGAGGAGAGGCUCCUGAGACCCAGCCCUCCCGCUGCAUGUCCCGAGGCCCCAGCAGCAUCACUGUGUCUCUGAAAGGUUUGAAGGAGAAGUGUGUGGACAGCCUGGUAUUUGAAACUCUCAUUCCCAAACCCAUGAUGCAACACUACAUCAGUCUGCUACUCAAACACCGCCGUCUCAUCCAGUCUGGACCGAGCGGGACGGGUAAGACCUACCUCGCUUCCCGGCUGGCUGAGUACCUGGUGGACCGCAGCGCCCGCGAGGUCACUGAAGGCAUCGUGGUCACUUUCAACAUGCACCGCCAGUCGUGCAAGGAUCUGCAGCUUUAUCUUUCCAACUUGGCCAAUCAAAUAGAUCGAGAAACCAGCACAUCAGAAAUACCACUGGUAGUCAUUCUGGACGAUAUUCACGAUCCUGCUUCCAUCAGUGAACUCGUCAAUGGUGCUCUCACCUGCAAAUAUCACAAAUGUCCUUACAUUAUUGGAACAAGCAAUCAGCCAGUGAAGAUGACUGCGAACAACGGCCUGCACCUCAGCUUUAGGAUGGUGACCUUCUCCAACAAUGUGGAACCAGCCAAUGGCUUCCUGGUGCGUUAUUUGCACAGGAAGCUGAUGGAGUCGGAGGACGAGAAGAACCUGACCAACGAAGACCUGAUCAAGGUGUUAGACUGGGUGCCCAAACUCUGGUAUCACCUUCACACCUUCCUGGAGAAGCAUAGCACAUCAGACUUCCUCAUUGGCCCAUGCUUUUUCCUGUCAUGUCCAGUCACAGUAGACGAGUUUCGAUCAUGGUUCAUUGAUCUUUGGAACCACUCUAUUAUUCCAUACCUGCAAGAGGGAGCCAAGGAUGGCAUCAAGGUCCACGGCCAGAAGGCGGUAUGGGAGGACCCAGUAGAGUGGGUGAGGGGCACCCUGCCUUGGCCGUCUGCCCAGCAGGACCAGGCAAAGCUCUUCCACCUUCCUCCCCCCAGUAUUGGCUCCAGCAGCCCCAGUCAGCCCUGUGAGGAGAGGCCUCACAAGGAGACUCCACCCAGCUCUAUGGAAUCUGAUCCACUGAUGGCAAUGCUUUUGAAACUUCAAGAGGCUGCCAAUUACAUUGAAUCCCCAGACAAAGAAGACCCUAGCCUGCCUAAACUUUGAACACAAAGCCUACACUUUAACACUUAGCACUUCAAAUUUUAUUUUUCCCUCCACUGUACUGAGACAGUGCACGUUCAGGAACAAAUGAACCCUCAGAAAUGGUUGUAAGGUGAUUUAAACCGUCAUUUCCACCGUAAGUUAAAAGUGUAACUGGGUCAUUACAAAUCAUUUUAAUACAUACAGUAUUUUCAAAAACUGUUCACAAGUAUUGGAUGAAAAGCUAUAUUCCAUUACAUUCCUAUGUAUUUGACUGGAUGACAUUCAUUUGAGUUCAGAUCCCUUUACCCCCAUGUUGUCCCUCAGUGCUCUUAGAUCGGUGCUAAUAGAUCUAUGGAGCUCAUUUUCUCAGCACUUAGACUUCAGGUGAUUCCUGCAACAGCACAUACAGUCCAUCCCGUGUUGUGCUGAAGUGCUUCAUGGGAUAUGGGGUGCUUGUCAGCAGGAGCUAUUCUCAAUUAAUGGUGACUCAUUUUGGAAAAGAGUAUGACAGCAUGACAGAUGCUACUGUUUUUUGCAAAGUUCUUUGGUACAUAUCGACUGUAUAAGUCUCUGAAGGCCAAAUCUUAUACAUAUGCAAUCCUGAACUUUACAACCCGAGCAGGUGAAACAGAUAAAAAUGCCUUAAGAACAAAGACGUCAAAAUCACCUCAACUUCAACAGAGUGCACUGGUGCUUUCAUCAACAUCAUCCCAGCUAAGACAGUCAGAAAUCAGUCAUUUUUUCAGCUUUAUAAAUAAUUUAUUUCAAUUAAUCAUCUUUAUUUUUCAGAACAAUAAUUAUACAACAGUGUAGGAUCAAAUUGCAGUGCUAAUUUUCACAUAUUUGUACAUCUACUUUUAUGGUUUAUAAGUUUGAAAAUGAAACUUGCUGUCAUACUCUUUUUUGCA